CGCGUUCCGAUUGGUUAAUAAGUGGGAGGGAUAGGGGUGUGUGAGGAUCUUCGUUUCCGGAGUAAGAUGGCUGCAGCAAAUGUGUUAAGGAACUACUACCGCGCUGUGGGACGGCUGCUCUGUGUUCGCCAUAUUAGAUUGUAUAGCAGCUUUCAUUUGCUAAAAGCAAAGUACACAUUUAGACUUGAUAAGUCUCCUUGGAAAGAUCGACAUCAGCACCGAUCAUUCAGAACAACUGUUGUUUCACCUGGCCAGAUUGUCCAGUUCAAGCUCUCUGACAUUGGAGAAGGAAUCACUGAGGUGACUGUCAAAGAAUGGUAUGUAAAAGAAGGUGACAGUGUGUCUCAGUUUGACAGCAUCUGUGAGGUGCAAAGUGACAAGGCCUCAGUUACAAUCACCAGUCGUUAUGACGGUGUCAUUAAAAAACUCCAUUAUAACUUAGACGAAGUUGCCUAUGUGGGAAAACCUUUGGUGGACAUAGAAACAGAUGUCUUAAAAGAUGUGGCUUCUGAAGAGGAUGUGGUAGAGACACCUGCUGUGUCCCAUGAAGAACAGACACACCAGGAAAUUAAAGGCCACAAAACCUUGGCCACCCCAGCUGUUCGCCGCCUUGCCAUGGAAAACAAUAUUAAACUGAGCGAAGUUGUUGGGACAGGGAAAGAUGAUCGCAUCCUCAAAGAAGACAUUCUUAAUUAUUUGGCCAAGCAGACAGGAGCUAUUUUACCUCUGUCACCCAAACCUGAAAGAAUCCCAACAUUGCCAAAAACUGUCCCUGUGCCUGACAAAUUAGAAGGAAAGAUAUCUAAGAUUCCAGCGCCUGUUUCCAUACGCAUAGAUGUUUCAGGGAAAGAUAAAACAGAGGCCUUAUCAGGGUUCCACAAGGCAAUGGUGAAGACCAUGACUGUUGCGUUGAAAAUUCCUCACUUUGGUUAUUGUGAUGAAGUUGAUCUAACACAACUCAUCAAGCUGAGGGAAGAGUUAAGAUCAGUAGCAGAAGCACGGGGAGUUAAACUGUCUUUCAUGCCCUUCUUUAUAAAGGCAGCUUCUUUGGGUUUAUUACAGUACCCUAUUCUUAAUUCUUCCUUGGAUGAAAACUGUCAAAACAUCACCUACAAGGCUUCUCAUAACAUUGGAAUUGCUAUGGAUACAGAACAAGGAUUGGUUGUCCCUAAUGUAAAAAAUGUUCAAGUCCAUAGCGUAUUUGAAAUUGCUUCUGAAUUAAACCGCUUACAGAAAUUGGGAUCCAUGAACCAGUUGGGAACGAAUGACCUCACAGGGGGAACAUUCACACUCUCUAAUAUUGGCACAAUUGGUGGUACCUAUGCCAAACCAGUGAUACUACCUCCUGAAGUAGCCAUUGGCGCUCUUGGAAGAGUACAAGUCCUUCCUCGAUUUAACCAUGAAGGUGAUGUCUUUAAAGCACACAUAAUGAAUGUGAGUUGGUCUGCUGAUCACAGGAUCAUUGAUGGUGCAACCAUGGCCAGGUUUUCUAACUUGUGGAAGUCAUACCUGGAGAAUCCUACUUCCAUGCUGCUGGAUCUGAAGUAGUCAAUGGCCAGUUGGAUCUUUUAAUUUGGAGAUGAUAUCAAGCUAGCUAUGCUAGCAAGUGUCUUAGUACAUUUCUAAAUUCACUUUUACAUAGUGAGACUGAUCAGUCCUUUUAGAUUACUGGUCCAUGUAUUGAUUUACUCUGUUACAUUAUGUUCAAAUAAAUAUUUUAGCAAUAUGUUAUUUGGCUAGGUGGUGUUCUAGGUUAUGGGGCAAGAUGCCCUGAGUAGGGCAAUGGUAAACUUAAAUGAGAAAAUUACAGUGUUCUUCUCCAACAUUACCGGAAGAAAGUUGCUGAUGUUAUUUGCAAUACUUUUGUUUAAACUGCCUGCAUUGUUUAUAAAAUGAAUUAUAUUAACAGUUGUUUGGGGAAAAGACUUUCUUUUUGACAAAACAUAAAAAGGUGUUAGAAUAUCUAAUGCAAUUCAUGUACAAAUUAUAAUAAUAUAAAAUGCCUUCAUGAUUGUUUGAAAUAAUUCAAGCCAGCUUCAGCAUUGUGUUUGGACAUGUGAACGUUUACCUGAAGGAACUACUGAAAAAGGACAAGAGGUAGAAAGGUCAAUUUUUGAAAAAAAAAUGAAUACUUCUCCCUGUUUAAAAAUUGGGAUCAAAAAUGGUAGCUGGCAUCAGUUAAAGGAUUUUUAUCCUAGAGCACUGGGAUUCACACUCCUUUUUCCCCUCCCCUGCAUGCUCAUUUGUAGACUUAAAUGUAUUGUGUGUGUUGACCCUAAGAGUGGAUACAGCAUCAGAUGCCAGAAGAUGCUGGGUUGGGUCUCUGCUAGGAGUGGCACUUUCCUCUGGCUCAAGGAACCUUCUGUUAAUAGCGAAAGAGCAUCUUGCUUUGGAGGAAAACUUCUUGGGCUGGAAGAACCUGAAUCGAAUCUCUGGUUGGUACCCAAGUUUGUGCUUUUAGACAAUGAACAGCCACUAAUGGUCAAGGUUAAAUGUAGCCUUAAAAGCCAUUUGUGUUUGUUUUAUGGGCUAGAAGUGAAACUUCCCUGACUUUAAAAGAAAGACAUUACAAAAAAAAAGGAAAAUAGUAAUGUGAACAAAAUGCUGAACAGAAACUUAGAUGUACAUAUAGGAACCUGACUUAAUCUUCUUUGAAGGUUGAUUUGGCUCAGUAUUCCUAAACUAAAUUUAUCAGUAAGCUGUAAAACAAAGAAAUAGACAGAAAAACAUUUGUGCAAUAUAAUAUGACAGGGAAAAGUUGUGGUAAGUACACUUUACAGUGUCCUCGUGCUUGGUGGGGAACAGCAGGGUGCCAUGAAGUUACUUAGGUAGCUAAAUGUAGAUUUCACAAUGGAACGGACCCAAUAGCUGCUCUGUGGGGCAUCUUGAGGACUUGAAAGCACAGGAAGUGGGCCUCUUCUUCCUGCCUGUUGAGAUUGCAAGCAGAAAAGAUCCAGUGUGCAUCUGGGAGCACAUUGGAGGGGUGAUACAGAGUCCUCCUGUUGUUACCUAACAAACACAUCCUUGAUGCAUAGAUGGAUCAAACACAAGUGCCUGUCUCUGUAUUUGUCGCUGUGAAGAUUAGGGGAAUGAGAGAGGUCAGCCGCUGCUUGCAUUUCCUGUACAGCCAUGAGAAAUUUUCUAUUUGCUUUGGCUGAUUCAGGCAUUAAUUAUGUUGAAUAAUUUUGAUUUGAUUUCUGUUCUUUAAUAAAUCAUGUUUUAUUACAA